UCGUCGACGGAUACAAGUACUUUUUCGUAUUCACAGACAACGGCGUCCUGCAUUCGCAGGACCGGCCGAUCAAUACCGUCCAUGAGGCAGAUGAGGCAGACAGUUAAUCAACCUACGGAUCCCCCUCUCUCUCCUCCCCCCAGCCAACCACUUCUUUGAAGGGAGCCAAUUGGCUAGCUAUCACACCCACUCGCACACGCACCAAAUCACCAAAUCCCCAUGGCACCCACACAUCGGUGCACCGCCCGUAAUAUGGAUGGCAUGGCCAUGACGCGUGCUAGGCAGACAGACUGCCACAGAGAGACAGAUAGAGAGAGAGAGAGAGAGAUGGGGGAGGGAGGGGUCAGGCACAGCUCGCUCAUUACACAACGCACGCCAAAAAGAUCCACAGAUACCACACUCAUCGACAUAUAUCCAUGUCAUCGGCCGGCUGUGCCGCCUCUCCCUCUCCCUCUCCACUGCCACUGCCGCUGCCGCCCCCCUGGCCCUGUUUACUGGCCAUGGUGCACUCAGACAUAACGUGCUCCUGCAGGGCCUCGAAGUUGAUGAAGGGCUCCCCGCACAACUCGCAGAACAUCAAGUCGCUCUCAUCGGCGGCGCCGUAGAUCUGGGCGAGGGCCUCCUGUGAGAGACACCAACAGACAGAACGGCAUGACAGCACCCAUCGAUGAAUUAGGUGUGCCGUGCGGCUGCUCACAUUGAGUUCCUCCUCAGAGUCGUUCGCAGCCUGGCGUCGCUGCCGCCCCCGGCCCUUCUUUGCACCGCCACGACGGCCACCACCGCUGGUCGAGACAGACACAAGAACAGACGUGGGUGUGGUGGCUGAUUCCCUGCCUCAGUAGCUCCCACAACCCACCUUUUUGCCUUUGGCUUUGCAGCAGCAGCCGCCCCACCACUCCCGGCAGCUCGCGACCGGCUGGGCUUCCUCUUGACGUCGCGCGACAGCUCAUCCUCGUCCUUGGGCGAGUCGUCCUUGCCGAGCCGGGCAGACCGCCGCACGGCCUCCAUGUCCUCCCCCGUACCGCCCCUCGUCGCCUCCUGCGAGUCCGCCGCCACCCACACGCCACCUAACGGCUCCUUAUCCUCCUUGUGCAGCGCGUCAAAACCGUCAAGAGCGUCGCCGCUCCGAAACGGGUCAGCGAGGCGGAGCAACGCGUUGGUGAGGCCGUCGCACCGCUUGAUGGCCUCGCCACUGCCAUCGGCGUCGCCGUCGGCCGCCGUGGUGGGUGUGGUGCUGUCGAGGUCCUGCUUGAGGUCGGCUGGGGAAGUAUAGAGGGGCACUGGCUCGUUCAGGGGCAGCAGGCCCGCCGGAUAGUUGCGGGGAGCAGCCGAUGGCCGUCCCCCUCCCCUCUGCAGCCGGCCGGAUCGACGCACGCGAGAGUCGCCAUCUGGCGGCUCUCCGAUGUCCUUGGAAGAGGUCGGUGAUGGGGUGGGCUGCUCACUGCCGCCGUUCUCUUGCGCGCCGUCCUCCUCCUCAAUGGCGCCCCUGACGAAGUCGUCUGUGAAGGCGAAAGACGACUCGUCGCGGGGGCUGGGUGUGAUGUCGUCUGGGGGUGUGUCGGCUGAUGUGGGUGACGGGGCGGCUCGGCUGGCCUUGUGGUUGUGCUGCUGGUGGUGUCGCUCGUGUGUUUUGAGGAGGGUGGAGAGGAUAUGCUGCUGCACGUGCUGAAGCAUCCGGUGCUUGGGGGCCUUGCCGCUGACGGACGGACGGUCGUACAGGAAGGAAACGUCGCUAGAUGGGAUGGGAUCGUGUGUGACCUCACUCCGUCGCUGCCUCACCUGGCCUCCUGAGAGUCAUCCUGCUGGUCUGCAGCCGAUGCACUACUACGGUAGUGGUCGAAGUUGAACUUGCCUGUGGACACGCACACAAAGCAUUCACACAUAGAUGGACGGACGCAUCCACGGCACGUGUCCUGCUUUGCACCAUACCCUGUUCGACUACGGUGCUGCUGAGGUACAUCUUCUUCUCCUGCACCCUGAGGAUCUGCUCCUCGACAGAGUCCUCGAUAAUCAGACGGACGGCCAACACGGCACGGUCCUGGCCGAUGCGAUGCGUUCGCGACAGGGCCUGCAUCCACACACACACACACACGCACACACACACAUACACGCGUUCCAGUGUGAAGGUGUCGUACCCCUUACCUGAAUGUCCAUCUGUGGGUUCCAGUCCGAGUCGUACAGCACCACAGUGCUGGCCUUCUGCAGGUUGAGACCCACACCACCCGCACGGGUGCUCAACAAAAACACCAACAGAGGACCCUGCAACACACACACACACACACACACAUCGAUAGACGUCUGCAAUCCGGCUGCUGCGUGUGGCGUGGUGCGUACGCUGAAGGCUUCUAGCUGUGCAAGUGUGUCCCGUCUGUCUGCGGCAGACUGUCGACCAUCGAGUCGCAGCGUGGGGACACUCAGAGACUGCAGGGUGUGUUCGAGCAUGUCGAGGCCUUCCAGGAACUGCACACACACAUGAAGUACAAACACACACACACACAAAGGCGGGUGGCUUCCCUCUCACGGACGGGACACUUCUCCCUCCCUCCCUCCCUCCCUCCCUCACUGACCUGACUAAACACGAGCACUACUUCCGGCCGGUCACCGUCUUGGGGCGGCUCCUCAGCUGUCGUCUCUACAGCAGCCCCGCUCUCGUCUUCAUCCUCCUCGUGACGCCCCUGCCCCUCCUUGUCGCCAUCCGCCCGGGCCCUUUUCCUCUCGCGGCCACUCGUCACACCAGCGGCGGUAGACGCGCGCUUCCUCCUUGUGGGCGUCUGGUGGUUGCUCAGCUGCUGGGAUUUGCGCGUGAGGAUGUGCUUGAGCAGUGCGACGAGGAAGGCGACUUUGGGGCUGGAAGCGAUGUUCAUCCUGGCGGGGGCGCAGGGGUACCACUCACUGAUCAACGAGAAGAGGCAGAUGAGUAAAGAGGUCUGAAUGUGUGUGUGUGUUUGUGUGUGUGUGUGUGUGUCUCCGUACCACUUGCAUAGCGUCAAGAAUGGGUGCGAUGAGCAUUUUCGCAUCUCCAUCACAGCGUUGCGGAUCAACGUAGACUCCUGACAUACACACAAACAAACCAUUCACACCAUUCACACCGUGCACACCAUAUUGAUGCCGUUGUCGAUCCACUCUCCUGCCUUGUGCGCCAGUAGUCUGUCUGCUUCUACUUACAUGUGCCUUAGACUCAGCCUGCUGGAGCCGCCUGUGGACCGACCGGAGGAUCAUGCUGUGUGUGCCGCCCUGCACCACACCGGCCGGCAGCUGAACCACCCUGUACUUGAUCUGGGGCACCUUGUCGGCCUGCAACAACGGUAAGGCAGACAGCCGUCGAGCCGCCACCAUGACUCUCUCUCCAUUUGUGGCUCGUGCGUACCAGCACUUCGCUCUUGGUGCGUCGCAGUAUGAAUGGGCGCAGCAGCUGGUGCAGACGGUCGCACAGAGUCUGCACACGCGCAACGAAUCGCUCCACAGUGACAUCCAAGCGCCGUCUGUGGUGUGUGGGGUGUGGUGUGUGGUGUGUGGGGUCUGUGGUGGGCGUACCUUAGACUCGACGGUGUUGGUGCGUAUGAGCUUGUCGACGUCGCUGAACCAGCCCUCCAGGUCUUCGAGCGACUCGAAGAUCGACGGGGCGAGCAGCGACAGCAGCGCCCACAGCUCACCCAAAUCGUUCUGCAGGGGCGUGCCUGACCGACCAGACCAACAGUUCAACAGACGGGGUGAGUCGAGGUGAGAGUCUCUCUGCACUGGCAAUAGGUACCUACCUGUGAGCAGUAGGGUGAACUGUUUGGUGAGUUGCCUGACGGCCUGGUGGAGCCUUGACUUGGGGUUCUUGAGGCGGUGCGCCUCGUCCACACACACGAUGUCCCACUCCACACGCCUUUAGAACCAAACACACACACAGCCAGACAGCAACACAAGAUGAUGACUACGGUGAGGUGAGCGACGUAUGAAGCAGUGGCUCCAUUUAAGUACUUGAAGAAUGUGAAGUCGUUGCCGGUGAGCAUUUCGUAUGUGGUGACCACAACGGAUAUGCGGCCACUGGCCACGCCAUCGAGCAUCUCCCUCGUCACACUCUCCUGACGCUCCUCCUACACACACACAUACACACACACACACAUACACCACCACUGCCGCGUCGGCGCACCUGUCCCGUGUCCUUUUCAUGGCUACCUUGGUGCCGUGAUAGAGAAAGGCCUUGAGGCCGCAUUUCCUGCCCCACUUGGCGAGAUCGCUCAUCCAGUGGCUCGUGACGGACAGAGGCGCCACCACAAGCAUGGGGCCGAUCUUCUGCCGCGAGGGCCGGGGGGUGCUGCUGGCUGCGGUGGCGUUGCUCUGCUCCAGCAUGUGGAUGAACAGACAGGUCGUCUGGACCGUUUUGCCGAGCCCCAUCUCGUCGGCUAGUAUGCAGCCCUUGACGCGUAUGUCGUCGGGCUGGUCACUGGCCAACGCUGAUGCACUGGGGGAUGGUGAUGCCUUGGCCUUGCUGAAGCCGUAGAGGGCCAACAGCCACGUCAAUCCUACACCCCCCAGGAACACCCCGACAGUGAGAGUGGGGAAAUGUCCGUGAGGUGUGUGUAGAUGUGCCGUAUUUAUUGACAUACCUUCUAGCUGGAAUGGGUGCAGUGUGCCUGCGCUCUUGCUGGUCUCGGGCUGACUCAAUGUGUAACUCCUACAUGACAUACACACGUGACACACAGAAAGGAAAGCAAUCAGUCCUGUUUUAUGCAGUCAGUCAUAUAUAUGCGGGUGUGGUGUUUCCUCCCUCCCCUCACGGACUUGCUCUGAUGGUGGGCCUCGCGGAUGCGCUGAUCUAAACGACCCAAGCAGCGAUCUGAGCAAGACGCCAUUCGCACCGAGUGAUUCACCCUCUAGGCCGUGCAGCAGGCAGGCCCGGCCCACCUACCAGCGGCGGUGAGGAGCUGCAUGAGCUUAGCCUGUUUCUCCUCCUCGGUCUCGGCACGCGACAAAACCCGACGCCGAGGACGCGCAGACACACCAUCGUCUGAUGUUGGUCAGACACACGCAACACCCACACACUUUCACACCGCCUGGCUGUCUGUCUGUCUGUCUGUCUGUCUGUGUUGGUCACCUUCUUCCCAUUCGUCGUCAUCGCCCUCGCCCUCGCCGCUGCCCUCCUCCUCCUCGUCGUCUGUGGGUGGCCGCUUGGCCUUGUCGCUGGCCAGCUUCGCCUUGGCCAUGCGACGACGGUGCUUCUCCUCCUCGGCCUCCUCGGCCGUCUGACGAUGCACCGCACCUCUCGCAACGCCGCGGGUCACUAAACGCUGCAUCAACGGAUGGAUGGAUGGAUGCACUCACAGACAGCAAAUCGUUCCGUCGCCACAGCUGCUGUGUGCAGCGAGUGUGUCCGUGUGCUGCUUACGUCUGCAUUGAGCAGCUCUCUCACGUCGGCGUCCUCCGGCAGGAUGUCCCUCAGCUCGUCGUAGAUGCCGCCACGACGGCUCAAGAAUCCCAAGCCAGAGCCGCCGCCAGCAGCUGCGGCUGCGCCAGCGGCACCGCGACGGCGGGCACGCCCUCUCACCGGCUCGCCCUCUUGCUCGUCUUCCUCUCGCUGAAGCUCGGCUGCCAACUCAUCAUCUACCGCCUCUUGGAGCAGCAUCGCAUAGCGACGGUCGGCCUCUUCGGCUUCCCGCUUGGCCUCUUCGGCUUCCCGCUUGGCAAUCAGGGCGGCGCUGUCAUCUUCGGCAGAGGAUGCGGCAGCCGCUGGCUCUGCUUGCUGCUCCAGUGGCCGCUCCAUGUCGUGAUUGGCGGAAUCCUGGUUCGUUGAAGGCGAUUUUUGGAUGGACAUGCCGGCAGGCUGCACAAAGGAGCGCAUGGUGCUGUCCUCAGUUACUUCGAUGCGAUAGAC